ACCUCCAUGUGGACUAUGUUUCCGAAGUUGAGUCCUGAUGACCAUGCUUUUAGUGCAAUGGAUUUAGCAUCUCUCAAGGACUUCAGUAUUGUGGAUCCUGUCCUGCCACUUGCUGUUGCAUAUGGAUCUUUGACAGUGGGGAUGGAAGCUCUCCAGCUUUGAUGUGAUGUUGGUAGAGCAUCCAUGUUUCACAGAAGAGUGAGAUGAGUAGAACAGCAUGGUAGAUUUUUAUUUUGGUUCUGAGGUAGGCUCCACGUUCCCCCUAGUUCCUGUGGGUGAACCUCCCAAAUGCCAACCUGGCCUCUGCCAGGCACUGAGUGAUCUCAUCAUCCAGCAUGGUUGCUGGAAAGUACGCUACCCAGGGAGCAGAAUUGCCUGACCGAGUUGAGGGGUGUGUUGUCAGUUGUGAUGAUGGGAUCAUGGUGCUUGUGAUGCUGGUGGUCUGUUGCUGGCUGGUACAGGACCUCUGUGUUUUUCAGGCUAAUUGUGAAGCUGAAGCAUUUUGAGGCAUAGGCAAAGGGGUGCACAAUUAAGCUAAAUGUCCUUGAGUGUGUGUGCAAUGAGGGCACAGUCAUCAACAAACAAGAGCUCUUUAAGUAGCUGUUCAAUUACCUUAGUGUGGCCCUUGUGUCAAUGUAGACUGAAUAGAUCCCCAUCCAAUCUAAACCAGAAGUGAACACCUCUGUCGAAGUCCUGGAUUGCGAACAAGAGCAUGGCUGAAAAGACAGUGGCAAAGAAGACUGGAGCCAUUACGCAUCCUGGUUUGGUGCCACUGGUAGCAGGGAAGGCUUCUGAUGAAUGACCACACUCCAUUACCCUGGCCAUCAUGCCAUCGUGAAAUGAGAGGAUGACGACAAUCCUCUUCGGGCAGCCGUAUUUAUGAAGGAGUUCCCCCAUGAUUCACCGUAUCAAAGGCCUUGGUCAGGUCAACAAACACUAUGUAUGGAUCCUUGUUCUGGCCUUCUCUAGUAUUUGUUGGGCUGCAAACAACUUGUCCAUGGUGCCAUGGCCAGCAUGAAAACUGCACUGUGACUCUGGAUACACCGAGUCCACUGGGUGAGAGUGAAACAAAGAGGCUGGAAUUGGAAAGAAAACUGUUUGAGUACAGCAAAUCUGAUACAUACAUGGCGAAAGUAAACUUCAUAAAACUAAAAAAAUACUUAAAAGAAAUACGUGAACGGCAAAAAAAUGCUGUGUUGCGAAACCAAGAAUUUUUAAAGGACUUUGAUCGUAUUGAAGCUCAUCUUAGGACUUUUACAAGUUCAGAGGCACUUCAGAAAUUGAAGGUACAAUACGAAGGAGAAAUUAAAAGUAUGCUGUCACUUCAGAAGAAUAGCAUGCCAAUAAAAGGUGACGAAGAUAGCAAUGAGCAGAUGCUGCCGGUUGCAAGACAGGCAGGAAUUAACACCAGGACAGCCGCGUCAAGAGGAUUGUAUCAUCCAGCAACAAUCUUUAUGGGCCGCCAAAUGUCAGCCAUCUCAAGCAUUGAAGAUUUCAGUACACAGCAGAAAUCUUCCCAGCCCACAAAGAGCUUUUCAGUUUCUGACCCACAUUCAUGCAGACAGGCAGCACAGAGCAGUAAUAUGACAGACAGCUAUGUAGUACAAACUAAUUGUGAUAUACGGUGCUUAAAUAAGUCUGACAAAAUAGAUGGGAAGACAUAUCUCCAGAUGGGUGAGAAAAUGCCAGUCACAUCCAGUGUAUCAUCUGAGAAUGGACAAACUCAUUGCUUAGAAAUAGAAAGCAAUACAUAUGAUGGCAAUAGUAAUUUAGUAGAAAGCAAAAAAUCUGCUCAACUCAACUCCCUGUUAUGUGAAAGAUUAAGUCCAGAGAACAGAAUCACUGAUUUAAAGAGUGACAGUUAUAGCAGCUCAGUAGAAGCAAUAGUGACAAAGGAGCAUUUUGUAGCAAAUGAAGAAAGAUCUCAACAGCCAAUCCCAUUGGUGUCUGCUCCUGAACAACUUGUUUCUGGAAAUGAGCAGCCAGGAGACCAUUUCCCAGGUCGAGCCCAACACACAGAUACUCUGUGGCCCUCUGCAAACACACUGGAGCUAGAAGAUGAAAGUUUAGACAGCAGCAGUGACCUUACAGUUUCUGUGAGUGAAGAGGAUCAGAUAAUAAACACAGUUGAACUACAGCAGAGCCUAGGAGAUGUGGAUUGCAAGACAGCCUUAAAAUCCAUGAACUUGGAACAAGAAAAAGAAACCGGAUCCACCAAAGAACAUUUUUCUUUGCAAACAGUAAGCCGCUCUACGACAGAUGAAGACUCUUCGGCGAAUUCAGCAACAAGACAGGAUUGUCUGUCAUUUGAAGGAUUCUCCCAUUUACUCCAGUUCAUAGAAGAUUUGGUGGCGAAAGCAGCACCUGAGUGCCUAACUUUAUACCAAAGUGGAACCAUAAGUCUGGCAAAAAUGAAGAAGUUAAUAAGCUUUUGUAAUCAAACUGGCAAUUUGAAAGAGGAAGACCUUGAGGCAUGUGAAGCAGUUGUCCUUCAUCAGCUUCAGGGAUUGUUGCAGAACACAUUGAAUGGAUGCCUCUUACCUGGGAAAACACUUAAUGACAGAGGUAGAUCUACAGAUGAAAAACAAGCCAGGUGUGACCUGCCAUUGGAUUUUGCCAUGUUAUGGGAACGUUUGUGCAAACACAUUUUAUUCUUGAAAAAACACCAUGUUUUGUUGAAGGAAGAAGUAAAAGAGAUGUUUGGAACUUUACUGAUUUCAGAAAAAAAUGCACAAGGCGGCCAGGUUACUCUGUUAUUGAGAGAGAUCCUUCCGGAAGUGCGUGGUGAUAGGUCAUCUAUUCAUAGUAAUGAAUCACCUUACCGUUUGCCAUCAAUUCUGAAUGACAAUGGUGAAAUAAAGCACACACAACACGCUCAAUGGCUUGACAGCAUUGGUACAAGGGAACAAGGUUUGAAUAUCGAUAGCAAUAGUUUCAAGACCAAGAAAAUCAACAAAAUCAGUUCUGAAGCUAGUUUUUCAUCUUGUGAAGGAAGAAGUCCUUUGUCAAGGAACACAAGCAAAAGGAGAAUAACCACUAUAAAAUCCAAAGCUUUCUGGGGUGAGUCUGAUGACAGCAACUCAGAAAUUGAAGCCGCUUUGCGUCCACAAACCCAUGAUACAUAUGCCGAUGAAUUCGAUGACUUCUAUGACUAACGUAUUUAACACGUGCUUAGGCGGGAAAAUGUAAGCUGUAUUCUCUUGCAGAAACUGCAGUUUUAUUCUGUGUGUUUGGGUCCGUAUUUCUGCAAUGUAUCUAAUAUCUUGUUUGUUUGGCCAUAUAAAUGUUGAACAAAUAAUGUUCCAUGUCUCGCUUGCUUGCAUACAUGUGUUUUUAUUAAACACAUUUUAAGAAAUA